ACCGUGGCAAGAAACUAUGAACCGCAGGCCACCGAAAUUCGGUUUGAAUCGGUGUUCUGAUUGGGAAAACUGAUGGGCAGCCCCAUUUUCCUGUUUUUCUUUUUUCCGUAGCGAGAUUCGCGUUUGCGAGGAGACCUAUUCUAGAAAAUGCAGGAGAGAGUGAGAACGGCUCUCCAAACGGAAGCAGUAGCUGCAAAACCGAAGACAGCUGAAAGGAUGCAUGUUUGCAGUGAAUUGUUGCAAGAAAAUUUGUGUUGAAGAAGAAUAAACGUAUUGAAAGGUGUUACGAAGAGAAAGUGUUUGUUGAAAAUUUGAAUUGCUUGAAUCAUUUACAAAAGUGAUUUGGAGGGAAGUGACAAAGCGAUUUUAUCAUCGCGAAUAUAUGAAUGGUGAUGUAAUACUUGAAGAAGACCAUAAUUCUUGAAGCAAUUGCUUCAAAAAAAGACGUGAGAUCGUUCUACUGUAUAAGCAAUCAAUUUCCGUGUCCAGACUCCCGACAUCGACAAGCUGAACCGCUUCCAUGACCAACACAUAGUUGGCGCAUUAGUGCUAGUCGGUGUCAUUUCCUGGAUUCCACAUCAAUCCUAGCGGUGGGCACAAUCCAUCUUGUCACAACUGCCGAAAAAAACAUCAUUCCCAUUGGCCCUUGUGAGUUGCAGUCGGGUGUGCAGUAAUUAAAGUCGACAGCCGCACGCCGAGAGGACCCCCUGGCCAGAGCCUAGGAGCCGAGAGUAACACCGGCAGCAGCAGCAACACCAGCAGGAUUCUCGAUGCAGUAGAAAUUUUCGAAACAAAACGUUUUCGAUUGCUUCGGAUCCGAGAAGGUGAAUGGUGAAAGAAGGGAAUCCCGUCGCAGGAUUAAACGCUUUUCGGGUGGAACUGAAGCGAAGCGGAAUGAGAGGAAAAAAAAGUUGUACAAUAGAGUCACGAGGUUCAACGAAAGAGAGACACAGCGAGAGUGAGCGAGUUUUUAAUUCCGAACUGAGCAGAGGAAAAAAAUGCUGUGGAACUAUAUCAGCAUAAAUGAAAAUUAAGUGCAGUUUUGCGGCAGUCAGCGGUGAAGAAAUCAGAGUGGAAUAAUAAAGUGAAGUUCGGAGCGGCAGCAAAACAACGAACGGUGUGUGUAGAGAACGACGGUUGGACAAAUACGGACAAGUGAGCGAAGUGGCACCACUACCAGUGAGUGUGUGGAGACUUUUGCUGCUCUGUACGUACGGUAUCCUGUUGGGUUCGGGUUUGUUCGGGUGCCACUCAUACUAACGGGACGAGUUCGGUUGCGUUCGGCAGUGCGAAGAGACGGUACGAAUGGCUCGGCUCGUAUAUACACUUUGGUUGUAGCUUAGAACAGUUUAGUACAACUUUAGACGCCCGCGAAGUAACAUGUCCGCUUGUGACCCGUGCGUUCGGCGGUUCGAUUUUCGUGAUUUACUGUGGUAACGAUUGGCUAAGGACGAACGAAAGCUAUUCUAGAUCGGUUUACGUACAGGACUACUUUAGCUGGUGGAAAAGUGACAACCGUACGAACUGGUGAAAAACAAAGUCACAACUCGGAAUAUUAAAAAAGUGUCUGAAGUGGAAAAACAUGAAACAUUGGCGAAGAUGAAAGAUCGUAUAACACUAGUCGCCUGAUAUUGUUGAGGCUAUUUCUUUAAUGUUUGAUUUGGUUUCGCGAGUUUGUGUUUUGGCGCAGAAAAGAAGGAGGAAAAAGUUUUCUCGCGAAGCGCCUGAAAAAUGAAGAAUAUUUAUCUUAAAUGAUUGAAGCAACCGAUAGAAGCAAAGAAGAGGUGCAAUUUCUGACCAGUGGAAGAAAGUGUGGGACUUGAGAAUACGAAGACGGAAAAAUGAGUCUAAUUACGCGUAAAAGCGAACUGGUGGCGUUCCCGGCCUUGCUGCUGGUUCUUCUGCUGUCGGUUCACGUUAACUAUAGCCUGCAGUAUGACUCAGCCGAGGCACGCUACUACCCAUCGAGUCCGGUGGAAUCGAAUCUGCGGUACGACGCCCCGGACGACUGCAAGUAUCGUGUUACGCCCGAUGAUGAAGUGGAUCUGGUGUGCAAUUUAAGAACUGUGAACAGUGAAUUCGAUAAUACAAACUUUAGUGUGAUACCAUCGGAGCAUACGGUUUCUUUGACGGUGAUUUGCAACGAUGCUAUUAUGGCACGAAGCAAACUGCAGCCCAAAUCGUUUGCCCAUCUACUGAGGCUCAAGAGCCUUUCGAUGGAACACUGCAAGAUUGCAAAGUUUGGCAACGAUGUGCUGGCAGGGUUGAGUGAUUUGAGGAAUUUCACCCUUCGGACACACAACAUCAACUGGCCGGAGCUGAAUCUGGAAAUCGAACCGGAGGUGUUUAUGCAUUCGAAGAACUUGGAGCAGCUGGAUUUGAGCAUGAACAAUAUUUGGUCGCUACCGGAUCAUUUGUUCUGUUCGUUGAAUGGACUGAGGUCGUUGAACAUAAGCUCCAACCGACUGCAGGAUGUUAAUGAUUUGGGCUUCCGAGAGAAGGUUAAGGAUGAAAAUGGUGGACAUAACUCGUCGACCGUCAGCUGCAACUUGGAUCUGGAAGAUUUGGAUGUUUCGAAGAAUCAUUUCGUGCUACUUCCGGCAAGUGGGUUCGGAACGCUGAAGCGAUUGAAGCUGCUUAAGAUUCACGACAAUGAGAUUUCAAUGGUUGGAGAUAAGGCGUUGAAUGGAUUGAAGGAGUUGCAGAUUCUGGAUUUGAGUUCUAACAAAAUAGUUGCUCUGCCAACUGACCUGUUCAAAGAUCCUGCUCAGUCAAUCCAGGAGAUUUAUCUGCAGAAUAAUUCCAUCAGUGUGCUUGCCCCGCAUAUAUUUUCCAAGCUAGAACAACUGCAAGCCCUGGAUUUGUCUAUGAAUCAGUUGACGUCCGCUUGGAUCAAUCGAGAAACAUUCUCCGGUUUGAUCCGACUUGUUUUGCUAAACCUCGGCAACAACAAGAUUACCAAACUGGAAUCGGAGAUGUUUACAGACUUGUACACCUUGCAAAUCCUGAAUCUUCGACAAAAUCAGCUGGAAAUUAUUGCAGCUGAUACCUUCUCUCCAAUGAAUAAUCUGCACACACUCCUGUUGUCACACAACAAAAUCAAAUACCUGGACGCCUACUCCCUAAACGGACUCUACGCGUUAUCUCUACUAUCUCUGGACAACAACCACAUGACUGGUAUCCAUCCGGAAGCAUUCCGCAACUGUAGCGCCCUUCAGGACCUCAACAUCAAUGGAAACGACCUUACUCAGGUUCCACUCGCUCUCAAGGAUAUGCACCUUCUUAGAACAAUCGACCUUGGAGAAAACUCCAUCACAGUCAUCGAAGAGCCCGGAUUCCGUGGAAUGGAAACCCUCUAUGGUCUCCGUCUCAUCAGCAAUAAAAUUGAAAACAUCACUCGUAAAACAUUCAAGGACUUACCUAACCUGCAAAUCCUGAAUCUUGCUCGAAACAAAAUUCAAAACAUAGAACCGGGAGCGUUCGAGUCGGCCAUCAGCGUGCAAGCUAUUCGCCUCGACGGCAACCUGCUCACCGACAUCGAUGGCCUGUUUACCAAAAUGCCCAACCUGGUGUGGUUGAACAUCUCCGACAAUCGGCUUGAGCACUUUGAUUACUCGCAAAUCCCCAUUCACCUGCAGUGGCUCGAUUUGCACAAAAACGAACUGACCGAGCUGAGCAACCGCUUCGGGAUGGAUAAUCAGCUGUACCUGCAAACGCUGGAUGCUAGUUUCAAUCGGCUUACGAAAGUAACCCCUUCUUCCAUCCCGAACAGUAUCGAGUUUUUGUUCCUGAACGAUAAUCAGAUUAUGCACGUGGAGCCGCACUGUUUCAUACACAAAACGAACCUGACACGGGUGGAUUUGUACGCCAAUCAGCUGACCGGGCUGGACAUCAAGGCCCUACGGUUGCAGCCGGUGCCGGACGAUAAGCAGCUUCCGGAGUUUUACAUCGGAGGGAAUCCGUUUGUGUGCGAUUGCAACAUUGAUUGGCUGCAGAAGAUCAACCACGUUACUUCGCGCCAAUAUCCGACGAUUAACGACAUCGAAACGGUUUACUGCAAGCUGCCGUACAAUCGGGAACGGUCGUUCAUUCCGCUGAUUGAAGCCGAACCGAAGCAUUUCUUGUGCAACUACCAGACGCAUUGUUUCGCCCUUUGUCACUGUUGUGAGUUUGACGCGUGUGACUGUGAGAUGACUUGCCCGAAUAAGUGUCAGUGCUAUCACGAUAACAGUUGGUCGACCAAUGUGGUGGACUGCUCGGCCGCGGGUUACACGGACAUUCCGAACAAUAUUCCGAUGGACACGACCGAGGUGUAUUUGGAUGGGAACAAUUUGGUGGAAUUGUCCGGGCAUAGUUUUAUCGGGAGGAAGAACUUGAAAGUGUUGUACGCGAAUCAUUCCAAUAUUGAGAUUAUUUACAAUACGACGUUUAUCGGACUGAGACGGAUGAUGGUGUUGCAUCUGGAGCAUAAUAAUAUUCAGAAGUUGUACGGUAAUGAGUUCAGUGCGUUGGAAAGCUUGCGGGAGCUGUAUUUGCAGGGGAAUAAGAUCUCCUACAUUGAAGAUCAUACGUUUUCCGAGUUGAGAAAGUUGGAAGUGUUGCGCUUGGAUGGGAGUCGGAUUUCGAGCUUCGAAGUGUGGCAACUGGCCUCGAAUCCCUAUUUGGUGGAAAUCUCACUGGCGAACAAUAUGUGGACAUGUGAUUGUAGUUUCCUGAACAAACUGAGAAUUUAUUUGCAAUCAAACACGGAGAAGAUAAUCGAUGCCAAUGAAAUCAGUUGUGUGUAUAAUAAUUUGACCAGUAUACUGAAGGAGAAGAAUGGCACCAAGUGUACCUUUCGAGGUGAAGGCAUGAGUUCGAUUGUGCAUACGCAAGAGAUUGAGGACAUGUUGCCGUUGCUUUUGGUGGCGACAUGUGCUUUCGUCGGGUUCUUCGGUUUGAUCUUUGGAAUGUUCUGCUAUCGGAAGGAACUAAAGGUCUGGGCUCACAGCAGCUGUUUUGGAUCGUUGUGCUACAAAUCCGGAACGUUCGUCAACGAAUACGACAAGGACCGUCUGUAUGAUGCGUACAUCAUCAAUUCUCUUCAAGAUGAGCACUUUGUCAAUCAGAUCCUGGCUUCGACCUUGGAAAACGACAUCGGAUUCCGAUUGUGCUUGCACUACCGAGAUUUCAACAUCAACACCUACAUCGCCGAUACAAUCGUGGAAGCGGUCGAAAGUUCAAAACGUGCCAUUCUAGUCCUAUCGAAGAACUUCCUGUACAACGAAUGGACCCGAUUUGAGUUCAAAGGUGCCAUCCACGAGGUGCUCAAGAGGCGCCGAAAGCUAAUCAUCAUCCUGUACGGAGAUCUUCCGCAGCGCGACUUGGAUGCCGACAUGAGGCUCUACCUUCGGACGAACACCUGCAUCGAAUGGGACGACAAGAAGUUCUGGCAGAAGCUCCGAAUUGCGCUUCCACAUGUGAAGAAGAGCAACUGCCUGAACAAACGGUCGGCGAUCAAUAUCUACGCAACGGCCAACGAGUACAACACGGCUACAACUGGACGAGGAGGAGGAGGAGGAGUAGGAGGAAUGGCUGCGGCAGCGGCGUUAGGGCGUGGUGGUACGCUUCCGGCUCCGGGCCAUGGGCGGCUCGAGAGUCACAGCUAUGCCACUAUCGGAGGCAACUGCCCGAGAAACUGUGAUAAUUAUGAUACGGUUAGCAAUUGUAAAUAUAAUACUACGCAACACGAAAGGCGGCUGAACGACUUCAGCCGGAAGGUGACAGCGGAGAGGCAGCACGAGUAUGCAGUUCCUUCCAACUGUCUGCUGGACACUACGCACGAGACGUACAACACCAGCUGCGAGCGAAUCGCAGGGGAAACGUUCGAGUGCACCUCCAGCAGUAAGUACUCGACUUCGUCACGGGGCUCAAGCGAGUGUUCACACUCGAUCGCCUCCAACCACGGAGGACCACCGCCACCGAUCCCGAACGGUGGACCUCCGAACAUCCUGUCGACGACCUUCAUGGGUAAGGCGGAACCCGUCGGCGGCUACCAUAACAAUUCCAGUGCUUCAAACAAUUUGAAUAGUAAUACCAGUAGUAGUUAUAACAAUAGCAGUAGGAAACCCAUCAAUGGCGGCGGCGGAGGAGGCGUGGCCGGCAGUAGUAGUAGUAGCAACAAUAAGGGUGAUAAGUCCAACACGAUUGGGCACGAACAGAAGAACAAUUUCAAUGAUAGAAGACUGCCACAGGCCAUGUGGGCAUAACGAUUACUUAAAUACAGGUUAGUUAAUUAUUUUUAUCGUUGAAGAAAGGACGACGGAAGGCAGAAGAAAAUACUCUAUAGAGCACUCCGCACUGUAAACAGUCAACUCACAGAUUAUAGUUAUCGUCAUGAUUAUCUGCAGUAUACUACAACUCACUCAACCUUAGCAUCACACACACUCACUCACUCACUUGUAAACCCAGUACACUUAAACGAACGAAUGCUCUCACUUUGGGAGGUCAGUUAUGAGGGAUAUUCUUAAAGGUUGGUGGCUCUCUAGAACGGGAAUUUU